AUGCCUGAAUUACGUCGUUCUGCAAGAGUUGCCGCUAGACCAGCCAAAGAACCAGAGGCUGUCACCGAACAACCACCUACCAAGAAAGUUAAAACAGCUCCAACAAACACCGCAAAACCCGAUGCUGGAUUGGGGAUUGGUGAAAAAAUUCCAGAUGUUACUUUGUUGAACCAAGAUGGUGAAGAGAUAAGCUUAACUGAAGUUGCCAAGGGAUCGAAGUAUGUAGUUAUUUUUGCUUUUCCACGUGCAUCGACCAGUGGCUGUGCUAGACAAGUAUCUGGCUUUCGAAAACUUGACAAGGACUACAAAGACGUCUCAAUCUUUGGUGUUUCUUCUGAUAGCGUCAAGGCUCAGAAGAACUUUCAAACCAAGCAAAAUGCAGAGUACGAUUUGUUGUCCGAUCCUGAGAAGAAGUUAAUCGGUGCCUUAGGUGCUAAGAAGCACCCUCUGGGAAUUAUUAGAUCACACUGGAUUUUUGUUGAUGGGGUCUUGAAAGUCAAACAAAUUCAAGUAUCACCAGAAGUCAGCUUUACAAGUGCCGAAGAAGAGAUCAAGAAAUUUAUCAAUGAAAAUGAGAACGGGAAAGAAGCUACUGAAAAUGAUGUCACCAAGGAAGAAGUUAAAGAGGAAUCUCAACAGGAUGACAAGGAAGAUAAUACCGAACAAACUGACGAGAAAGCCACUGAACAGACUCAAGAUGAAGUGAAAAAGGUUUCUGACGAAACUAAAGUCGAAGAUGAAACCGAAGAAAAACCAACUGAAGAACAAAAAACAGAAGCUCCAGUUGUUUAA